CUUUGGUAAAGAGAUAGCCAUGAUGAUGUCCGGUGAAUACAGUGAAAGGUUUUCUAAAUUGAAUCCUUUUUUGGACGUUGGUAUGAUUCGCGUCGGCGGACGACUGCGACAUUCAAGUCUUCCUUAUGGAGUUAAGCAUGCGUGGAUUUUACCAAAUAAGGAUGAAAUCGUUCAACGCUUGAUUGAGACAGCACAUCGUGAGAACCUUCACAUUGGACCAUCUGCUUUGCUGGCCCAGAUUCGUCGUCAAUUCUGGAUUUUAGGAGCCCGUUCAGCUGUUCGCAAGGUAACAAAGAAUUGCGUGCAGUGUUUUAGACUCAACCCUCCUUGUGCUGGUCAGUUCAUGGGAGAUCUUCCCAUGGCAAGGUGCGAUAAGGCUCCGGCUUUCAUAAGAGUUGGCGUGGAUUUCGCGGGUCCUAUACUAAUCAAGCAGACUGGAAGAAGGCUAGCACCUGUCAAGGGAUACGUGUGCGUCUUCGUUUGCAUGGUCACUAAAGUCAUUCAUUUGGAGGUAGUAGAAGAUCUGUCAGCCGAUGCGUUUAUAGCUGCCCUACAUCGAUUUGUUUCUCGUCGUGGUGUCCCCGAGCAGAUAUAUUCGGAUAAUGGGACAAAUUUCGUAGGUGCGCGGAAUGAACUAAACGAACUGUAUCGUCUUUUCAAGCAGCAAGAUACCGACUUCAAGAUAUUCGAGUUCUGUCAACCCUGGCAGAUUGAAUGGAAAAUGAUUCCCCCAAAUGCACCGCACAUGGGCGGUAUCUGGGAGGCAGGCGUGAAGAGCUUCAAGACCAUCUUUAAGAAGAAGUGCCAAUCAAGCCUCCUGACGAUGUUCGAGUUUUCGACCUUGCUCUGUCAAAUCGAAGCUCAACUCAAUUCUCGGCCUUUAUACGGUCCUUCUGAUGAUCCGUCGGAAUUCGAGCCGUUAACCCCAGGCCAUUUUAUGAUCGAUCGUCCUCUUUCUGCCAUUCCGGAGCCUAGUUAUGAUGGAAUCCCGGUGAAUAGACUUUCCAGAUGGCAUUACAGGUCCGACAAAAUUGGAAUAAAAGGAAGGAAAACAUUCUACCUGGAACAGUGGUGAUUAUCAAGGAUGAUAACUUACCUCCUCAGAAAUGGAGGUUGGGGAAGGUCGAAUCAACCUGUAUAGGAGCAGAUGGAUUGAUCCGUGUGGUGGAUGUUCGAACUAAGGCGGGUUUGCUGAGACGGCCAAUUCAUAAACUAACGCCUCUACCUAUCCUGAACAAUAUUUGAAGUCAUUUUUAACACAACCACUGCCAUAUACAAUUUUAAACUUAUACUUGUGCAAAAAGUUUUACAAUGCAUGAUCCGCAUGACAUAUUUUAUUUUAUUUGCUAGAAUAAAUCGUAUCACUCACCUUACUUUCAAUACAAGAAUGCCCCUAACAUGCAGAUAUUUGCAAUGCUGAUUUCUCCAGGCUCCUUGGUUUGGAAGUCUGUGUUAGGGAAAGACAUUUAAGUAGCAACAAAAGAUCCCCCAACUUGCAUGUACAGGUCGGACUCGAUUAUGUACAGAACCGAUUAUAUACAAUUGUAGACUUGAUUAUAUCCUAUGAUCAGAAAGUACCGGGAAUUUUUAAAUACCACAAAAUAGAGCCAAAUUCCAGACAAAUUUAUUAUAUCUUCUUCAAAAUAUGAUCCUUCUGAAGCAACACACAUAUGCCAACGCUUGUCCCAGUCCUCCAUGCAUCACUGGUAAGCCGACGAAGGGAUGGCCUUCAGUUCCUUCGUCGCACUCUCUUCGAUCUCCUCGAUCACUGAAAUCUUUUUCCUCGAAGUGGCAACUUCAACUUGGGGAACAGAAAAAAGUCGCACGGGGCCAUGUCAGGUGAAUACAGUGCUUGCUAGACGGUAUUUAUAAUAAUCAAAUAAUUCGGUAUAAAUCGGGCUCGGUGCGAUGACGCGUUAUCAUCAUGCAAAAUCCAAGAACUAUCGGCCCACUUUUCCGGACAGACAUACACUAAUGAUCGAAUGGCAUCAAAACGGGAUAGAAAGGCGUCUUGAGGUCGUACCAAUAUAAGAAAAAAAAAAUAACCCGGUUCCCGCAUGCACGGUACGUUUGAAUAAAAAAAAAAUCUCCGGUACUUUUUGAUCAUAAUAUACAGAUUGAACUUUCUUUUAUAUUUCAAAUAUGACUGUAAAUGUAUUUGUUUAAAGUAAGGGCGAAAAUUUAUUAGUUAUUAAUUAUAGUAACUUACAGUAGAGUGAAAAUCCUGAUUUUUGAAUAUUUUAAUUGAAGGAUUGUCAGGAAUUGUUUAAAAUGAUAUUGCAGCGAAACUAAGAAAGAUAGAAGUUGGGUGUCAAAGAGCACAUUGUAGAGCAAUUAGAGAACUUUAAUUUGGUUGAUAGGAACAAUUAUGUUUUUAGGCAUUUUUGAGGUAAAAUUAGUAAUAACAUUUUGAAGUGUAACUAACUUCUAAGUUUUUCACUUCCAAAAUGUUAUUUAAAUUCACUGAUUUAGAUAUUUCACAAAUAAAAAUGUACUAAAUUUUUUUUAAUCUUUCAAAUGGACGUAACAGAAUCCUUGUACGUAGCGUUCUUUUCGAAGUAGAGCCAGUUUCAGCCAACGGAGCACGAAACAAAACUCUGCCAUUAUUGAAAUUCGACCAAAUGCGUAGAAGGAUUUUUUUCCUCAAAUAUGAUCCUCUAUCGCAUUCUGAAAGAUUCCAGAUAUAUGUUUUUAUGUGGGAAAGGUGUUUUCAGACCAUAAAAGGAUGAACCAAAAAUUAAAUUCCUUUUUUAUAUUCAAAAAGCAAAAAAUAUAUGUAUAUAAAACAAUUAAAAAUAUAUUUUUUGACUCGAUUGUAUACAGUGAAAAGAAAUUGGGGACCAUGUAUAAUCGAGUCCGCCCUGUAUUUCCAAUGCCGUUUUUUUCUCAGGCACCUUGGUUUUGAUUGCUAUUGUGAAUCGACCAAUCAGAGCGCAUGAUUUCCGUUGAGAUAAUGCUUGAGAUUUUUAUUUUGUUUGAUAGUUUCAUAAAGUAUAUUAGUUUAUUCAUUUUCACUGUAACGAAUUGUUGUGUUAUAAUUGUUACACAAAUCGAUUAAUUCAAAACUCUCGUAAAUCUAUCAGUUAAAUAAUUGUAAGUGCUUGUAUCUUUGAUUUCGACCAAUCAGAAUGCGGUAUUUCCAUUUGAUUAACGGUUGAGAUUUUCAAAUUUUUCGAUAGUUAGUUUCAUAAAAUAUAUUAUUUUAGUCGUUGUAAAUAAUUGUGUUAAGAAGUGCCUGAAUCGGUUGAUGUGAAAAUCUCAUAAAUCCAUCAUGAAAUGGCUGAGCGAUAAGCGUUUGUAAUUGGACAUUUUUUUACGAUGGGAUCGAUUUUUGUUUUUCAAUUUGUAUCCCCAAUAUAUUCCCGAAAGACGUAACCCUACGUCAAAAAGGAAAUCUAGGAUAAUUUAUGGAAUAAUUAUUUAUCUGUGAAGCAUCCCAGAAUGGGACAAUUUGGUGCAAGGAAUGCUGAGGUUUUUAUGAAAGUAAGUGACUUGUAAUCCUUCAAGUAAAAAGCAUGAUUCUUCACACGAUGAACAUACUUUUUGUUCUUUACUUCUUAAAGAUAUAGGUUUUUCCUUUCCCCCAAACUGGAACGGUCAUAACGUACACAUUUUAUCCUUUUUCCCUGCGAUACGUUUCAAUGUACCCGCACCCACACCGUUAGUUGCAGCUGUUACCGAAGUUACAAAAAAUAACAUAAUUCAUGCAAACGUUUUGCUCGAUUACACAUGUGGAAGAAAUUCAUUCUUUUUUCCAUCCUUCGAAAAACGCUGACACCCACCUGACAAAACGCUCCCGAAACCAUUAAACCGCAAAAACGUUCCUGGCGCGCUGCACUGCACCGGAAGCGUUUUUUUUUUAUUGCCCAGUUCCUAUCGACCAUGUGACACGUAUGUUGGUGCGAUAAUUUUAAUGUAUUUUUUUCCUUUUCUUCUUUUUUU